UAUUUGAUUAAUUUGAUUAAUCAAGAGUUAUUUUUUGGAUUAUGAAAAAAAUUAUACUAAAUGGAUAACUUAAUGAUGGUAUUAUACCAAAAGGACAACAAUGUUGAAUUUUUGUUCCAUUUCGGCAAUUUUCUCUUAAAUUUAUUUGUGGAUGUUGACUUAAAAUUGUAAGUUAAUUUAACGUUUGUUGCUCAGCUAGAAAAGUUUCCAAUUUUCACUAGAACUGCAUGAUUAUUCUUUCUAAACAAUUCAGCAAUUACAAAACACGUAAACACAGGCUUUUUUAGGGAGUGCAAAAUCACGUAAACGUUGCAUAAGAUGUGCAUGCAAAUGCAAAUCGUUACCCCAUGCGGUGAGUAAGCAGACUAAAAGAUCGAAUACAGUGAUGGGCUCACCUAAACUGGGCUAACUUCUUGGGCUAGUAAAAAUACGAGGGUAUUUUAGUAAUAUUCUACAUUCAAAAAUUGGAGAGAAACUUGGAGAGUGGGGGAACCGCCUCCAACCGUCACUACAAGAAAAUUCCGCAGACACAGCACAACACAACACGACUUACAAAACAAAAACAUGGAAGCGGUUAAGAAGGAAGAGAUAAAGAAAGGGCCAUGGAAAGCCGAGGAAGACGAAGUGCUCAUCAACCAUGUGAACAGAUACGGUCCUCGUGACUGGAGCUCCAUUCGAUCCAAAGGUCUUCUUCAACGCACCGGCAAGUCAUGCCGUCUCCGUUGGGUCAACAAACUCCGUCCCAAUCUCAAAAGUGGGUGUAAGUUCUCUGCGGAGGAAGAGAGGACUGUGAUUGAAUUGCAGGCGGAGUUUGGGAACAAAUGGGCGAGAAUCGCUACGCAUUUACCGGGAAGAACUGAUAACGACGUGAAGAACUUUUGGAGUAGCAGAGUAAAGAGACUCGCUAGGAUUCUCCAUAACUCUUCUGAUGCAUCGACUUCUCCCAAACCACCUUCUCGUCGAAACAAAGGCAAAAUCGUUAAACCAAUCCAAUACUUCUAUCCCCCUCAGAGUUUUGGUUUGGUUGAGGAAGAGGUGACUACAGCUUCUUCUUCAUCUUCCAAGAUUCUUCCUUACUCAUCAUCAGACCAAGUUGAUGAAGCUUUGAGGUUGCCUGAAUUGGGUAUCAAGUUAGAACAUCAGCCAUUCGCUUUUUGGACUGAUGAUCCUCUCAUGUCUGAGCCGCAUAUUGCUAAUCAGCAAGCGACCAUCCCUUUCUAUCCAGAAAGCAGAGAGCUUUUGGCUAGACUCGACAAUCCUUAUUACUACGAUAUCCUCGGACCGGCUGGUUGUUCUGAGCCGUUGUUCGCUCUCCCUCAGCCGUUUUUUGAGCUGCCUCCUGCAGAGAGAAGAUGUAGACAUGUUUCAAAGGAUGAUGAUGAAGAAGAAGCUGAUGUUUUCUUAGAUGAUUUCCCGGCUGACAUGUUUGAUCAAGUUGACGAUCCAAAUCAGAGUCCUUAGAUUGUUGUUGUUGUUGUUGUUUGUUUCUAU